UUUUUUUUGCAAUUUCUUGGAAAUAGCUAGCUUUUGAAGUUGGAAAUAGAAGUCAUUGCAUUUGAGGCGUAGAGCCUUUUGACUAAAGACAUGGAAAGCUUACGCUGAUCUACAUAAGACAAAAUCGUCGAGAUGAAAUGCCCGAAUCCUAAUUGUGACCCACCGGAGUUUGUCAAAUCUCUGUUUGAAGCAGGAGUCGAACUCCAUUUCUGUCCCGCGUGUGGCGUUCCUCUCAAAGAUCAAUGCAGCAAAUCGGAAACAGAAUUAACUAAUGCCUCUACCACAGUGUCCCCAAACGACCAGUUGCCCCCUAAGCAAACAACUGAGGCCCGGCAUUCACCUGGCCCAGACAGUCCAAUCCCUAGCCAGUCUACCCAAUCAUCGCAUGUAACUGUACAUGUGACUGUAACCAAAACCGCUGAAUUACAGUCCCCAACACCCAUCACACCUGCCCUUCUUGGAGUUUCCUCACACGGCUACAACAAUUCUUCAUUGCAUCCUUUGUCACCAGAAUCUCAGCAUCUGGCAGAAAUAGGGCAGAGUUCUGCAGAGGUGUUGCCUUGCACUAGAAACAAUGAAGCUCAAAGACUAAAAGAGGGUAGCUUGAAAGGAGAGGCUUUGGCUUCACAUGACCAUGUGGUUGCUGACAAGCAAGGGCCCAAGGCCUUUGUUCAUGAGAAGAUUCAAGAGAACCAGGGUGAAGUCUAUCAGAAGGUUCCUACUGAACAUGAUGAAGAGCCAUACAAAGAACUUGAGAAAGAAACGACUUGUGUCAGUGUUUCCAAGUCAAGUGAAAAGGAGAAGAGAUUUGCAGCUCCUAAGAUACAGGAAUCAGAAAAACUUCUUGUGCAAUCUCAUCAAGCAGUCAUGUUGGGAAGAGAAAUUAAAACUCCACCAGGGUACCAUGUAGGGAACAAAGAAUACACUCUUACUUCAGGAAAUCUUCAAGAGAACACCCCAGAUCUAAGAAAUGACCAAGAGAGCACCAAAUUUCCUAACAGUGAGCAAGAGAUCAUAGAAUCAUCUGGUAAGCAGGGUGACACAACAUUUCCUAAACAUGAGCAAGAGAUCAAAGAAUCAUCUGGUAAGAAAGAGAAUACUGCAUUUCCUAAACAUGAGCAAGAGAUCACAGAAUCAUCUGAUAAGCAAGAGAACACUGCAUUUCCGAAAUAUGGGCAAGAGAUCACAGAAUCAUCAGGAAAUAAGCAAGAGAAGAACACAUCCCCUAGACAUGAUCAAGAGAAUGUUCCUCAAAGUCUCACAAAUAAAACUCUUUCACUUGAGCUAGAGAACAACACAUCUCCUGGACAAAAACCCGACAACACCAUACUUGAAAACCACCAAAAGAAGUCAAGUAUUCCUUUGCAAGACAAUCAGAAAGACUCUGAGGUAGUAAAGGCAACAGCCACAGGGGAUGCAUCUCAUAGCCAUGAAAAAUCUAACCAAGUAUCACCUGACACAGCACUUGCCGAUGUAAAAUCUGAUGUUAACAUACAACUGGAAGAUGGUGAGAGUGGCGCAUCGUCGAAAAAGGGAAUGACUAAACAUGAGAAAAAGAAAGUCAAACAGGCACAGAAAAAACGUGAGAAUCAAGAAGCAAAGCGUCAGAAGAAUGCUGCUAAAAUAAAAGCAAAACAUGAAAAGGGAGCAAGUAAUGAGGAACAGAAAGCUUCUAAUCUACAACAAAACUUCGUUGAAGAUCAAAAGAUGGAAGAUAAAGAGGUGUCUAAAGAAAAUGCAACAAUUCCCCCACCGCCACCACGAGAUUUUGAUGAAGACUGUCUUACUGUUGUUUUCCAUGCCAUAUUGUCUCCCAAGUUUCCAUUUGAUCCAAAGAAAGAUUCGGUUCACCUGAGAUUUGGUCCCCAAGAGCUUGGCAGUUUUAAAUACAAUUCGGUGGAUGUUAGUGUAUUAAGGUGUGGUCAUAAAGAUUUACUUCGUCUACAUGGAGAGGCAAGAUUACCAGUCCGAUUUUUUGUUCCCCCAUCCCGCUCGUUUUCUUACAAGUACAUUGUGGCCACAUGCGACAAGAAAGACAUUAAUUUUGAGCAUCUGGAAUUUGAAGCAUAUGCCGGUGAAAUAAUUGAUCGUGAGCUUGUGCCAAGAAAGAGCAGCAUCAAGAAAGACGGCAUUUGGCACCAGUAUGACGGAUUCGUAUAUCCGCCCUCUAAGACAAGCUUCAGAGAAUGGCUUUCUAGUUUUUUCAAAAACACUGACGAGUUUGUCAAAGACAGAGAGUGUGCUGCUGUCGAAUUUCUCCCGAAAUGGAAGGGGUUUGUGGCUGCUGGCAUGGAGCAAGACAAAGUAGAGGACAUUACUUUGAGUCAGGCGCUGGAUCAGAUACUAAUGAACAAAGAUUGCAUGUCAUUGGUUUUCACAAAUUCAGGACAUGGCCGCCAAGAUAGAAGGCCCAAGCUCGACUUUGAUAAGGUGCUUCGUGAAUUCCUCACUAGAAAGAUCCAUUCAAACGCCUGCAACACGACAGGCAGUAAAGUAGAGCGUGUGGAUCGCCUUGUGUCCAGCCUUGGUAUUGCUUGUACUGCACGCAGACAUAACGUUAAGUUUGACAAAGCAACACUCUCAAAGCUUGUCCUCUGUCUGAGGGUUCUUCCUGAUGGGCAAGGAGGGUGUGAUUUCGAUGACAUUGAGAAGGAUACACCGAAAGAAAUGUGGGGGGAACUGGUCGAAGCAGUUCUUUACAUAUCGAACUGCGUACAUGAGUUGCUUAUUCAACCAUCUAUGAUUCUUCUAAUGGUUCCCGUCAUCCAUCUGCUGAGAGGGGACUGUACCCCAUUCAAAGAGCUUUCCCCAAGUUUGCUAGAAAGCAAAGAGAAAUGGUGCUUCUCAUCUAAGAUACCGGAGGUUAUUUGGCGGCCCUUCGAUCUCUAUGUUGGUGAAAUCAAGGAGAUGUUUCCCGUGGACCCGCUACUUCGCCGACUGUUUUUGUGCUCAAUUACUAUCAUUGAAGACUUAGCUGUAAUCAGCUCAGACGAGGCAUUCCCUGUUCACGAAGUCUGUACUGUCCUGGCUGAUUGUCUUAAGCGAUGUCGACACAUAUACAGCAAUAUUCCUCAAAUCCAUGCAAGCUUGGAAAACCUAAGCUCCCGCGUCAUUUCCUCUAUGAAUGACAUAACGGCAGAGGUGACAGCUCGCUCGGCACACCUUCUUCUUGUGGCUGUGUUGGAAAAACAAUCUUUCAAUGUUCCCGCCUCAGGUGAACCUGUUUUGUACUUGACUGCCAUCAAGCUUUUCGCCUCCUGUAUCAAGACAAUGAACAAGACAUCAAAAAGUUCGGAAGGAAAGAAUGGGCACAGGCAACUAAUGGAUGAAGCAGUCAAAGCCAUAAAAGAUACCAUAGAGAAGGAGUAUUACAAAAAGAUUGAACCUUAUUUAGGAAAACAAAAAGUCGAAAUAAAGACUUGGUCCAAACUUAUCGCCGUCGCGUCAAUGGACGAAGAAGACAAGCGCUACUGGGAUGACAGCUUGCUGGCGAUAUUUAUUUCUCGGGUUAAACAGCUUUCUGAUGACAAGAUUAUUGAGCUGUUUGGUGACCAACUACCAGAUGAUGUUACUCCUGUCAUUGUUGGAGCUGUCACUUUCGAGCUCUUUGAGGCAAUUAAGCGCAUUGUUGAGAAAGGAAGGGGUGGAAAAAUGUCGUUCGAGCUAUUGCAAAGAAGUUCUGAAGGUAGACAACGAACUAAGGUGCGAGAACUCCUCUCUCACAUGCUCGAGGAUGCCUGGCGUAAAGCCACCAAUGGAAAGUCCAAAGUCAUCGAGUAUGAUUUUCUGCAUCAUCUGUUCACCUGGAAAUCGUGGGAAGGAUUUCUGGAUUUUUAUGGAGCGGCUGCAAGUAGAGAAAUGUGGUCAGAUGAGGCGUGUAGAAUUAUGGAGAGAGCCAUCUCGAGUAUUGGACGAGUUCAAGAGUGUAUCUUCGAUGGGUCGAUUACUGUAAAGACCCUGAAGUUGGUCCAGCAACACUCAGACGACUUCAUCCAGCUUUAUUGCCUUGUGUCUAAAAAUGAUGACAAGCUGCCCUCUGCGGGGUCUGUAAAAGAUAACCUACGACAGCGGACGACAGAACUCGCGAUAUUUGAUGAACUCAGGAAAGAGAUUUCGACCUACAUCAAGCUCUGUUCUUCUGGAAAGGAGAAAGAAACUUUCGAACUGAAGUCUCUAAAAGCAAAAACAUCUGAAGACAUUUUAGAGCGAUCCAUGUCAGACUUGUUUACAUACCCAGAGACGAGCACUACUCCAUCCAAAAACAUAUUCUUGGAAUUCUUUGGCCUAUCACCGAACUUUCUAGAAAUGCUGCCUCUUCUGACGGUUGCCUUUGAGAGCCAAUUGUUCCAAGUUUUCUGGGAUAAACAUUGCAAGAAGGCGACCAGUCAAAAGAGGGAGAAGAACGAAAUGCUAAGUGGGCGCCUGACACUGGAAGAUGUCUAUGGUCAUGUCUGGUCGCCCUCGUACUCAGAGUGGCAGAGUACAGGUCAGGGACUGCUUGAUGGGUCGACCACUCUUCGACAGAUAGACAAAUUGUUCAAAGGUCGAUUAAAGGAUGAUGUGGAGAGAGAACUUAGAAUUCUCUUCACAAAUGUGACCGGGCGCAGUGAUAAUGACAGCCUGGUGGGGAAGCGCCUGACACAGAUAGGGCAAUACUUCAGUCUGCAGGAUUAUGCUAGGGCGGCUGACACUGUUUGGAGGUUCAAGGACGCUGUGGGCCUAACUGGAGACUUCUCUGUCUUGGACGAUUUGCGCAACCAGACGUCCUCUGAGUUUAAGUCAAAGCGACUGGAGAGUAUCGAUGAUCGCUUGACUAGUGCGACUGGAAGCCUUGAGAAGAUAUCCCCAGUACAUUCCAGUUGCUUCCUGGCCAUCGCGGACUGUCAGGCAUUGGUCAAGUGGCUGAAAGAGACAAUCAGAGACACAUCCGCGCUGAGCACACUUGUCGAUUUGGCGAUGAUUUCUGCUGGCGAGAAUGACAUGGAAGUAGAUCGUAUUUUCCACUUCCACACCAGCUGCCUCAGCUUUGCGCCCCUAAUCUUCAACCUGAGUGAAGAAUGCGGGUUUGAGGAGCUGAUGAUGAUUUGUGAACCUGUUUGGAAAGCUGUCCAGCAAGACAAGGAACUGCCAAACAAACUGAGAGAGACCGACCGACAUCUCGAGUGGUUAAAGGGAGUGAAGAAUUCUCACGGAUCAGUAGAAAUGUCAUCGAUCAUGCUGGCGAAGACCAUAAACCAGGGCGGAGUUUACUCAGUGGGAUUCCUUGACACCGGAGUAGACUUUAACAGGAACCAAGUACCGCUGUCCGAGGGACAGACCACCCUUGAUCAAGUGAUCACUUUGACUGUGCCUGUAGACUAUGUCAGUAGAAAUGCAAGAGAAGAGGACGAAAGCGAGAAAAAGACGAUGUAUCUCAACGACCUGAAAGAUCUGCAGAGCAAGUUGAUGCUUAUAGCUGGCAAAACAGCUCAGCUUCAGAACAAAGAAAUAGAGAGUGCUGAAGAGAUCAACGCUUUUGUUGAGGUAUUCGAAGGCAUCAUGCGCUUAGGCAAAGUCUACAUCGCGCUAUGCGAGGCUGGAAACGCGAGAUACCUGGGCUGGAGGCAAAACUUCGAUUGCCAUGACAACCACCCAACCGGCCAAUCAAUUCGGAACAAGCUGGAUUGCCUGUGUAAGGAGAUGGAAGAUGAACUAGAGGUAUGGCGUGAGUAUAUGAACAGAAAGCGUACAAAGUACCACGAGUUCAGCCACUUCACGACUCGUCAGAUCUUUAUAAUGAGGGAAAAGAUCGGCGCUGUGAGACGUGAAGGCGAAGGCGCAAAAGGUCUCCCUCUUCACGUGCUAUGUCUCUUGGAAAGUGUUCUUCCGGGGAUCAGCUCAAAGCGCCUUAACGAGGCUUUGAUCGAAUGUUUUGGCAUCAAUGCCGUGAGCAACCUCGGCGUACAUCAACAUGAGUUAAGGAGCAGUGACCAACUAAACGCUAGCUUCCGUCAUGCGAGCGUACGCGAACAAUACGCGUCCUUCUUUGAAAAAGUCGAGAGUAUGAGUUUUGAUGACCCAGAAAGAGUCGCAGUUGCAUGCCUGAAAGCAAGUGGUACACUGAAAUGCAAUGAUGUCCUGGAGGUUGACCUUUUGGACUGGUGUUUCAAGCAUGGAGAUGAUGAUGAAAUAAUAGAUAUCUGGACGGACGAGGCAAAGCAGGACCGAGCUUUUGCUGAAUUCUUCAAUGACCAGGAAAUGGAUAAUGGCCAGGAAGCCACAGAAGUCCAGGAAAGCGAGCUUGAGGAGCAACCUUGUGAGCAUAAAGAAGAGGAUUUUCAGGAGGACACUAAAGAAGGGCUAUACUUAACACUGGAUGAACUGGGAAGCCUGUUGCGCGCCCUUACAAUCCGUUCUGAAAUUACGCCGACGGCUCGACCUUUCCCCGAGUAUCUGAAACGAGACCAGCCAAACCUGUUAUUGGUGCCACAAGCCGAAAUUCUUCCAACAGUACUGACUCUGUAUAUGGGUGAUGGUAACAGCCCUCUCCCAAGUGCCGCUGAAGUACUCGCCUGUACACCGGAUACAACUGCUGAAGAAGUAGAGCUGUUUUGGUGGCGGGCGUUUGGUGACAACCAGGAGCAGAUGUUUUGCCUCCUGAACGCGGAUCUUCUCCCGUAUAACGUCAGCCAGGCGGCUGUCAAAAACCUCAGUCACAUGCUGGAGAAUCUCCACAGAGAGGAUUUGAAACUAGUGAUAAUCUGCAGCACGGAAAAUGAGGAUUGCUCACAUUUGAUUGCUGCGCUGGACGCUCAUCGCAUGAAGGCAACACCAGGUUGUGCGUCCAGGGCCAGGCUGACUCAGUACUUCACAAAGCAGUUCACUUGUAGAGAAGCACAACACGGGUACUACAAUGACCAGAUGGUAUCCUGGACACCAGCCGCGACCCUUGAUAACGACAACCUAUGCGUUCGAGUUGUGACGUCAGAGCGCGCCGGCGUUGGCAAAUCGCUAGUGGUCAGCAGACUCUCGGACAAACUGGCCAAGCUUGAAAACAACAAGAAAAUGGCAAAGGAGCUCAAGGGACGACAGCAAUUUGUUCUGACAGUACCACUCCACGGGACGGCGGUUGACACCUCCUCCCUGUUAGAUGCGCUCUGGAAGAGUCCAGUUGCAGGGGAACUGCCAAUUUCAAGGAUUAUUCAUCUCGACGUCUCGCCUUUCGUAGUGGAGGGCUUGGAUACUGUGCUAUUCAACCUGCUGGUGCUAGGAGUAAUGAGUGACAGACAAGGUCGUGUAUGGAGGCGAAGGAAAACCGACCUUUAUGUCAUCGAAGUUACCACCGCCAGCUCUUCCAACAAGCUUCCUGGAAGUCAACCUACCGCCGUGAUGUUCUCUCUACUACCAGCAAUCACGUGCAUUACACCACGUGAAACUCUCAAGAUUCUCAAGUCGGAGUCACCAAACGCAGGCUCAAGUCCUUUGUUUGACGCUAUUGAGCUCUCCAGCGAACCGGUGAAACGUGCUUACCAGUACCUCAACGGUCGGGACAAGAACAUGAACCUGGACCAUUUCAAGUUUAGCGCUACACGCUGUAGUCCUCCCGCGGACUGCCUCGCCCUGCUCAUCAAGUACUGUGGUAUCCUAAACCCCUCGUGGUCGGAGUUGAGGCACUUCGUGGACUUUCUUAGUUGUCAGCUUCAGGAUUGUGAGGGAUCAGUGUACUGUGACCCGGCAAUCGUCGGUGACAGCUGGAUGCAGAACACUCUCAGUGGAUUUAAGACGUUUGUUGUGCAGUUCAUGAUUCACAUGUCUCGGGACUUUGCCACGCCUUCUCUUGAUGACGCUGUCACAUGCACAGUGGGCGCAUCUGGUGCCGAAGAGGAAGACGAGGACAUCAGGCCACUUCAAAUCCGGCGGCGAUGGGAGAACAGCCCGCAUCCGUACAUAUUUUUCAACCAGGACCGCGUCACGAUGACGUUCAUGGGUUUCCACAUUAACAAAGAUGGCGACCUUAUCGAUCCUGACAGACUUACAGUACUUCAGAAUAGUCUAAUGUCAAGACAACUAAAGACUGGUCUGGACGCGCAGAAAGUCGACUUUGCACCAAAAUACAAGGCCUGGUCUAAGGAAAUGAAAAUUCGGAAGUUGUGUGACGUCAUGGGCAUCACAUGGAGAGAGGGCAUGCUGGACCCAGACCCCAACUAUGAGCUGACCAUCGAUAACAUGAAGAAGAUAUUAGCUAUUCACAUGCGCUUCAGAUGCGGUAUACCUGUGGUCAUCAUGGGUGAGACUGGUUGUGGAAAGACUCGGUUAAUCCGUUACAUGUGUGCGUUACAAGCUUGCCAUUCCAGCGGAGAGGCCAGACAGAACAUGUUACUGAUGAAGGUUCACGGAGGGACGUCUUACGAGGAUAUCAGCAGGAAGGUUGAACAAGCCGAAAAGAUGGCACGUGAAAACGAGACUUUAGGUGUUGAUACUGUGCUGUUCUUUGACGAGGCCAACACCACGCAUGCGCUUGGGCUGAUCAAGGAGGUGAUGGUGGAUAAGAGAGUGAACGGCCGUCCCGUGGGGGAGGAGAUUCGUCGCCUACACUUUAUAGCGGCGUGCAACCCAUAUCGCAAACACACCGACCAAAUGAUUCACCAACUCGAGUCAGCCGGCCUAGGCUAUCACGUGACCUCUCAAGAAACGAAGGAGAAGCUAGGUAAAAUUCCUCUCCGUCACCUGGUCUAUCGCGUGCACGCACUCCCGGCGAGCAUGCGCCCGCUGGUGUGGGACUUCGGUCAGCUGAAACCGGAAAUUGAGGAAAUGUACAUCCGGCAGAUUGUUAAGCGUUACAUUGGAAGUCACCCCCUGGUGGAUGCGAUCUCCAAGGUGUUGGCGGCAUCACAGCAGUACAUGAGGGACCAGAAGGACGAAUGUAGUUUUGUGAGUCUUCGUGACAUUGAGCGAGCCAUGACCGUGAUGCUUUGGUUCUGUCGGCACCAUCAAGCCUUGCGGCCACAGAGGGAGCCCCAAAAAGAUGAUGAUGAUGAUGAUGAGGAUGACAGCGAUGAUGAUGAUGAUGAUAGUGACCAAUCAGAAUCUGAUUCUGAUACCGAUGACGAGGAUGAUGAGGACGAGAUGGACUUGAACACGUGGUUGCUGGUCAUGAGUCUUUGUGUGUGUUACCACGCUAAGCUACAGUCACGCAAGCCAUACCGCUGUCACGUGGUGCGGAACUGUUCUGUGCCGCUAAACCUCAAAGGAGAAAGACAGAUGGAUAAAGCAAUUAGAAAGUGCCAGCGUGUCAUGAUCAGGGAACUCUCCCUCGGCCCGAACAUCGCGCGGAACAAAGCGCUGACCGAGAACGUGUUCAUGAUGGUGGUGUGCAUCGACCUGAGGAUUCCUCUCUUCCUGGUAGGGAAGCCAGGAAGCUCGAAAUCCCUGGCCAAGACAGUGGUUGCCGACAACAUGCAAGGGGAAUCAUCCAGGUCAAGUCUAUUCAAGAAUUUCAAGCGAGCUCAUAUGGUCUCCUACCAGUGCAGUCCUCUCUCCACCCCUGACGGGAUCGUCGCCACGUUUCGUCAAUGUCGCCGUCUCCAGGAGAACAAUCCAGGGGGACAGUUUGCCUCCGUAGUUGUUCUAGAUGAGGUUGGGCUGGCGGAAGACUCCCCCCUGAUGCCCCUCAAGACCCUGCACCCCCUGCUUGAAGAUGGUGUGACGUCAUCUGAUGACGUAAUCGACGCUGACGAGACGCCGACGCGCGUGGCGUUUGUCGGUAUUUCCAAUUGGUCGCUAGACCCAGCCAAAAUGAACCGCGGGCUCAUGCUGCUGAGGGAUGAACCGAGCGAGGAGGAACUUGUGGACAGCGCCAGGGGAAUUUGUGCCGAAGACCCGACCGUGCAAAGACUCAUCGAUCCACUGCUUGAAGAUCUGGCUGCCGGAUACUCUACGCUGUACCGACACCAGAAAGGCUUUAAGUCGCUGCUUGAGUCCAAGAGAGACGAGUUUUUUGGCCUGCGUGACUUUUACAGCCUGGUGAAGAUGAUUUACAAGAUGGCCGAGCAGAGCAGAGCUGAACCAUCCUGGAACGACAUCAAGCAUGCGAUUCUUAGAAACUUUGGCGGCUUGGACGAGAUCGAUGCUGUCAAGAUAUUCCAAGAACAACUGCGAAAUUCAGUCCUUGAUAUCACGACAGAUGAGGCCUCGCCGGUGAAUCCGAUAGAUUUAAUCAAGGCGAGUCUGGACAGAAGAAAUGCCAUUGGUGAGACACGCUACCUUCUUGUGCUGACUGAGAACUACUCCGCCCUGCCCAUCGUGGAGAGUGAGCUCAAGGACGAGGAGUACGUGGUCAUAUUCGGCAGCAGCUUCCCCAAGGACCAGGAGUACACGCAGAUUUGUCGAAAUAUCAAUCAGAUCAAGGUGUGCAUGGAGACCGGCCGCACCGUGAUCCUCCUAAACCUGGAGAGUCUUUACGAGAGCCUGUACGAUGCACUCAAUCAGUACUACGUGUACUGCGCGGAUCAAAAGUACGUGGACUUGGGACUCGGAAGCCAUCGCGUCAAGUGCAGGGUGGAUGACACGUUCAGGUUGAUUGUCAUCGCCGAGAAAGACGUCGUCUACGAGAAGUUUCCUAUUCCUCUCAUUAACCGACUCGAGAAGCACUAUCUCGUCACAUCUAAAAGUCUGUCUGCGAAACAGACCGCGCUGGCAACCAGACUAAAAGCCUGGGUUGAGGAUUUUGCGACCGUGCAAUACCAGCGCCACGAGCAGAACAAACUGACGUUUAAGGUCGGUGACGUGUUCGUUGGUUUCCAUGACGACACUGUAGCCUCGGUGGUGCUGCAAAUGUGUACGAAGCUUGGCGACGAGGACGCAUGCGCACAGAGCGAAGACGAGGACAACGCGGUGGCAAAUGCCGUCCUUGACAGGUGCAAAUCUGUGCUUCUGCAGUGUGCCACUCCGGACGCCCUGGCCCGGUUGUUCCGGACAAAUCUCCGAAACGAAGCUGAUAAGCUGUGGUUGGAGUACUUCAGCGAGCAACCGCACACAUGUCUGUCCAAACUGCUGGCCCACCUUAUGGCAAGUGGACCGGAUGUGACGUCAUCUAAUGGGAUGCUAGUGCAGGUAUCUACUCAUUCCAGGCUCCUCUCGGAGUACGAUCUCCCCGCCGUCUGUGACGCGGUGCAGCUGAAGAGACGGGAUGUGGAGUACCUCACGCUGCAGCAGUUCCAGACCGAGCAGCAGUUCUCAAAACGAAUCAGGGAGUUCUUUGUUCACCUUGGUAACUAUGAAGGGAUGCUUAUCGUCCAGUGCGACUCUGGCGAUGAGAAUUUUAACCUGAUUGCCUGCGCCCGCCAUGUCGUGAUGGAUCAGCGGUUCAAGCGCACAGAGAUGCUCCAGGAGAAACUAAAGAUCGCCCCUGAUAAGAUCGCUCCUCUUCAUCUUGUGAUCGUUGCUCAGCUGUCACGUGUUUCCGGUGGAUGCAAACACUUUGUUGGGUUCCCGGGAGGCAAGUGGCAGUCCUACCACGUGGACGACCUUCGUCCGCCGACCAAUGAGAUUCCGCCAAUUGAACGUUUGAUUGACACCUGUAUAAGCGACCUUCUGAGGCCUGAUGUCUCUCAACAAGACGACGGAGUUCCAAUGGAGACCGACGAAACAACACAGGCACUCACCGUCACCUCUCCAGAAGAGGCAAAAGCUUCAAACCUUGGGGAACUCCCUAUGGAAACUGAUGAAACAAAAGAACCACUUUCUGUGUCGUCCGUAGAAAUCUCCAUGGAAACUGAUGUAGCCGAACAAAUAACUGCAACCACAAGUCCACAAGCAGUUGCCAUGGUAACACCUAACAAGACAACCUCACCCCAAAUGCAGACGCCAUCACAACCCAAGUGCGUAAAUUCACAAGCGGUGGCGUUACUUCGCAGAAGUGUGCACGCUGCUGCUGGUCGCCUUGACGACAGUCACGUGAUGUCUAGUCGAGGCACACAUCGAGUUGAAAUUAUGCUUAGACUGCUACCAGACGACUUCGCCGAGUGUUCACCAGAUUCCUUGAUGUUUGCCCGUGCGCUCAAUGAGAAGAUCUACAAGCUGGUGUUAGAGCGCGAGACUAAACGGCAGGCGCACUUUGCGAAGACCUGGAUGCAAAGAGUGGCCCUGUCGGGGACAAAUAUGCACGAGAGGGGCACUUUCCGUAAAGCGCUGCAGCACAGGGUCUCUAGCGAGGUGGUCCCUUACCUGUCCAAGGUCCUUGCUUACGCCGACAGAGACUGCAACUUGGAUCUUUUGGUGGACAGUGAAGCGUGGAUCAAAAGACUAUGGCUGGCUAUAUUUGGCAAUGAGCACGUCAGCGAGCUGUAUUGUGACGUCUCCACCAUCUCCUAUUCCGGUACCGCGCGUGAGCCCGUCCCAGUCUCCGGACGGGGAGGCCAUCACUUCCGCUGUCGCUUCCCUUUCUCCUGGCUCAUCCGGGACUUUGUGGAAGACCUGGAACGCGGAACCUCGGAUUCAUCAGCUUCUCAAUGGACAAGGUCCGAUACCACAGAGGAGGAGAGGUUACGCAGGUUGAUUGACAGUACAGAGCUCGGUUACGUGAUUGCAGAUUUCAGAAGGGAGGGGAUGGAGAGGAAAGCAAUUGCUCGCUACCUGCACGACUUGGUGCACAUGGUGUAUAGGCCGUCCACAGAUCAACAUGACCAGGAAAUCCAGAUUGUUUGCAAUGCGAUCGAGAAGCAAGCAAGGAUUCGUGAGGCAGAAGCAGAGACUCUGGACCUAGCGACAGUUCAUGUUGCGUACAGACAUAUUCAACGGAGACUGGACAACUUAAGCGAGUUGCUGCACAUACAACCGGGUGUCCUGAGAAAUCUUCAGCGAGCAGAUGAGGGCGCGGAGAUGAUGCUGGAUGCGGUCGCGCUGCAGACGUGCCUGGAAGGCCUCGUGCCUAGUGUCCAGGACCUCCAAGACCAUGACGGUGUUUCUCGCUGGUGCGCCAGGGUAACUUGCCUCAGACAAACUGUGGAAACCAUGACGAGCAAGGAAAACUUUGACAAGACAGACGAGAAAAGUGGAGGCUACGGGGAAAGGACUCAAAACAUCAUUAAACACUGCUGGUCAUUGUGGCAGAGGGCUUCAAUCGUCCGGCUAUUUGUUGAGCACGUGACUAGUCCCGAUGACCACGCCGUCAACUCAGCUAACUUGCAAAAGUUGUGGAAGAUUCUCGGCGAUGAGACAGAUAUGAUGGCAAACGAGGCUCUUGAGGCACUCGAGAGGUUCCUGAAGGAUUGCAGCCAGGAAUUUUGUCAUCGACAUAAUUGGGCUGAAGAGUUGACCUGCCCCAUCUGUUUGCGUGAAUGCCGCGUUCCGUCCUCUACGCCAUGUCAUCACCUCACGUGCCUCGAAUGUGCUCGGAGAUGGUUUAAUGAACAGAGCGGGUGCCCUGUGUGCAGACAGCAUGUCCCGGAUGGCUAUGAACCAGCGGAAGACCAGGAGAGAAUGGAGAUUUUGGCACUCGUCAAGGGAUUUCGUCACUCUUGCAACUCGUUCUUCAUGGAUGUCGUGUCGAUGUUCUGUUUUGGUUAUUCGCCAUGCGGAACACUUCAACAAGGCGCGUUCCAGACGCUGAUGGGUUAUGCAACUAGUGAGCGUUCAACAAAGAGUUUCUCUCCAUUCCCUGAUUACGGCAUUGAUAUCAACCCUGUGGUGCGAUCAUUUUUACUCCAACAACUUCUUAAGUCAAGUGACACAAAGGCGAAGGAGUUAUUGGCAGAGUUCGUCUCCAGUGCCGAAGAGCGAGUCGGUCUGGAGAAUGUGAUGGAGGUGUUUGUGCUAUGCAUCCAGUGUAUCGAGGACGCACGGUACAGUGACUUCGUCCGACGCACCGCAGAGUUCCCUCUUGAGAACAAGAUCUCCUUGACGGAGCGUGCCCUCCGUCAGAUGCCCGUCAAGCCUUUUAGCGAGCCAGCACCUGGCCACCCCAAUGUGAACGUCCCUAUACUCCAAGCCAUUGCGGUGACCCGAUUAACGCUGACAAAAACAGCGGAGUUCAUCCACCAGCGCCACACAUGUGGGACGCGAGAGUGGGAGACUGCUGGAGUAGUGAACGCCCUAAAUGGUCUGCUUAAAGAGGUCAAGAAGGUCUGCAUGAACGGCGUAUACCAGACCCCGCGCCUGUUUCUACUGAAGCAGCUCGCUAACCGGUUUGGUGUGGACGCCUUGAAGGAGUUAGCGAGUACUGGUGGGCUUGGGUGGAUUCUGCCUCCUCGGGAUACUGCGGCUCCGCGUGAGGCUACACCAGACCGCUUUCUGGUAUAUGGACACAACUACCAGGGUCUUCGAGAAGCUAUAGCACGUGCAGCGGUAUCUAGUCACGUCACUGAAGUCGCUCAGAGCCUGCAGGGCCUGGUUACUCAAGGUGACCCUUUUACCGAAGUCAUGAUGUCGCUAGCAUUACUACAGGCUGUUACCGCUGACCAGCAACGUAUUUCGCCAAAUAGUAUGCAAGUCCUGAAUGAUUUUAUCUUGGCGUCACGACAAAUCCGGGAACAGCCUCGCCGUUUAGCGCUAGAACUGGUCUCAGACGUCACGCAAGAAAGUCACAGUGUCGUCUCCCUGAUGGUUAUGAGUGGAAGUACUCCGCGUGACAGGUCGAUUGCAGAGAUUGUGUUACAUCUCGCAGCCGUGCUUUCAGCUCAUGAUGAACAGACUCUUGCUCACCCAUUGGUCGCUCUAGCACGCAACCCCAUCGCAAUGGCGCGUUCAUUUUUACCAACGAUGCCAGAGGACAUCAUCCCUGAAGUGAGAUCCGCAUUUUCGGGAACAGGGCAGUUAUAUGAAUGCCCAAACGGACAUCCCUAUGUUAUCACUGAAUGUGGCAGGCCAACCCAGCAGUUGAAUUGUACGGAGUGCAGAGCUCCAAUUGGGGGUAUUAGUCACAACCUUGUAGCAGGAAACAGGCCGGCUCAAACUGGAGAUCGGACCAACACCGGUCAUUGUAUCGGCGCAGCAACGAAUCGGUCUGUCGCACCAGAGAGAGGCUUGUCAUCUGUCGCGGUGUCUUUUGUCCGCCUUCUGGUUCACGGCUCGAUGCUGAUUGGCUCAUUCCAAGAUGCACAGCACGUUGCUCAGAUGAUUACCCCGUACGUCACACCAAACGCGGUACAGCAAUUCCUCUGGAAUCACGUGGCCAACGACUUGCGCCUUCUCACGCAAAGCAGCGGUCGUAGCGUGGAUGAUGCAAUACUCAGCGUCCAUUUGCUGAUACGUAACAUCGCUACACAUGCGCAGAUGAAUGCAGGUAAUUAUGGAAUGCUGAAGUCCAAGCAAGCCCGCGCUCAGUGGGAACAGCAGUUCAAUCAGGUUGUACUGGCCCCGACCCUCGUGAACGUUAAUGAGUCAAUUCAACAAAGCCUGCAGUUGAUUGCAAACGACACAAGAUUCGGUAUGCAUUUGUCCUUUACAGGGGGCUCGGACCCACUCCUCCGCCAGCUAUACGAGCUUGACGCGGGCGCAGAAGAUCUCACCCAGGGUAUCAACCCAGGAUGCACCGCCCUUUGGCGCCACAGAAAUCCCGUCAGUUUAGAUCACAUGACUCGAGCCUUUAACGAGUCGCAAACAGACCAGUACCCAGUCCUAAAGGCGUUCCUGGAGCAGGAAAGUGUGUUGCGUGCAAUCCGGCUACUCCCAGAUGUCUUGAGGCUACAAAGGCUGUUAAUGGAAAGGUUUCACCGGACACUGGACCGUGGCCGGACAGAUAAACUCAAACUCAAGGAGUUCUACAAGCAAAUUCGCCCCGGCACUGCCAAAGAGUACCGCAAGCUUGUCCCAAGUUUCCGGUCCGCGUGGAAGAUUUUCAAAGAAAGUGAAAACAUACCAGGCGCAUCCGAAGCCGAGAGGCGACUGUUGGAGACUGAUGUUGGAGACGACUGCCCGGUCGCCCUUUUCCUCCCGUCCAAUAGUGGCCCGGGGACCUGCUCACUAGUGCUAGUCAGAUUCCUGGUGCAUACUCACAACGAGCUACUGCAGCUGUACAAUCGGUCAGCGGACAUCCACAGCAGCGAUGUGCCCCACGUACCGCUGGCCAAAGUGAGAGAGGCUCACUUAGUGUCCUAUAACCCUGACCGGGACCUUUUGCCACUGGUGCUCGGGCAAUGCCGCUACUCGUUCGAGGUUGCACAGGGAGCCCAUGUAACGUACGACUGGGUUGGCAUGGAAAGACAAGUGAUUGACAGGUUUAUACGUGGGAGGGCGCUCAUUGACUUCAAGGAGGAUCGCUACAUCCAAAUGUCGACCGUCAGCGCAGACUCAGUGCUUACGUCACUACGCGACAAAAUACCCCAGGAGUCGUUGUCGCUAGCCAUUCAGCACCAGAUCGCGAGUUCCUAUCGCUCGCUCCAGGACCUCACGGAAGCACUGACGUCCCUCACCAUCGCUAUCACAUUCCUGGGCUCAGGAGGUGGGAAACCAGAUAUGCCGGUCAGCGGAUUCAUGAGAGAUGUCCUAAGCAUGCCCAGUGAUUUAGGACUUCGUAACCGAAAGGCAGAAGAAGUUUGCCAGCUUCAACAUGUGGUUUCCCUGUGGUUUCUUUUGAAUAUCGAGCGUGCCAAGCACCUGAUGGCCAGUGGACAGGACCCGUUUGAACAUCUUCCGAAUAAGUUCAAGGACAAACUAAGGAGCGAUACUGACGAAUUGCGGCUGAAUGAAGAGCUCAGAAAACUGGACGAAGCCAACAUCUACUCUCUGCUCACUACACUGCUAGAGAUCAUCAUCUUACGGCUCGACCAAUCAGACAAGUUCAAUCACGAAUCAAGUCUGCAGGAUGUCAUGCCUUGGAUCCUUGAGGACAGAUCUACACCUGAAAUCAAGAACAUUCCUCAGAACGUACAGCUUAAGCACAUCGUUCACCUCUGGAGAACUGUGGUCAGGCUAAGUGACAGUAACCAUGAACGACGUAGGCGGGGCACCACUUGAUUGACAGUAACCAUGAGAAACAUAGGCAGGGCAUCACUUGGCUAGCACUGGCCAUAACUAAUGUAGGCUAGGCACCACUUUGUUGGCAAUAACCAUAUAUAACGUAGGAAUGGGAUUCUUGGUUGAGAGUCACAAUGAGCGAUCCAGGCGGGUCUCCACUCGAUGGACAAUAACCAUAGGCAACGUAGGAAGGUUACCCUAAAGAAAGGGCGCAGCACUUGAUGUCCAUAGCCUCAGCUAGAUUUUGAUUUUGGGAAAUCCUCAGUCGUUCGUGUUUGUUGGGAGGAUGACAGAGACUGGAAAAACAAGUUGGAAUUCUUAUUACACCAAUUAUAAAACUUAACCACCCUAUAAUUUUUAAACCAUGCUGCUUGGGAUCCACAAUGUUGAAUAGCGGUUUACGGCCUCUGGGCUGUGUGUUCUAUUGGUGUUUGUUUUAUUUUAGGGCCAUGUUUAUUGCCAACAAUUUGUAUACGAAUUAGGAGCGCAAUUCGUGCAUGUAGAGAUGUAUGAUAGUUUUAGAUUAAAAAUGUGCUCCUGUUGUCUUACAUGUCAAUAACAACAAAUUUCUGCAUUGGUUUGCAACAAAGACACCAGAGGACCUUAAUCAUAAUACCUGAAAUACAUUAAUGUUCGUUAAAAAGAUAAGAAAAGAAAAAAAAGGACACAUGUACAAGGGUUUUCUUUUUUUAUAGAUAUAAACGUUAAUAAAUUUCUUUUGCAAUUUCUA